UUAAACCAGUCGAUUAGACGGGAUGACCCGCUCAGAUCCGUCGGCUUGUUCGGCCAUCUCCCAGGUGACUGAAAAGGAGCGGAUGCACUUUCACUGUUGUGUGUUUUUGUGCACCAGAUUAAGUAUUUUGUGAGUGGAAGAGCAUUAUCCAGGUUUUUAAACUGUGUUUGAGAUCAGCCCAAACUAAUCGAGCGGAAUAAGGAGCACAGUCUAACGAGUCGAAUGAUGAUCCGCACUCUGAGCAAAAAUGGCGGGUGACAAGGAUCCUCUGAAACAGUUAAAAGAUCUGACGCAGCUCAAGAAUCAGCUGGAGGAGAUCCAGAGGCGAGUGGAAAACGAGGUGUCUGUAGGAAUCCCCCAGGGUGGUUCAGUGUUUGGAUCACCAUUUCUGAAGGGCUUUUUGGCGGGCUAUGUGGUGGCCAAACUACGUUCCUCUGCCUUCCUGGGACUGCUGCUGGGAACAAUGACUGGCAUUUACGCAGCACAAAACUAUGAGGUGCCCAACAUUGAAAGGACUGUAAAAGAGUACAUGAGCAGUCUGAAAAAAGGACCAAAGUAAUUUUGGC